GUGGUGCAGCCGCAACUUUCAGGGGAAGGCAGGGACGCUCGGACUCCAGCGCGGCCGGAGCACCGAACCACACCUUCAAAGUACUGUCGCGCGCGGGCGUGCGCGCGUGGGGACAAGGCCCCAAGGGGCCAUCGAGCGCGCCUUGAACUUUCAGCCAUGGGGUCCGCAGCGCUGGAAAUCCUGGGUCUGGUGCUGUGCCUGGUGGGCUGGGUGGGUCUGAUCCUGGCGUGCGGGCUGCCCAUGUGGCAGGUGACCGCUUUCCUGGACCACAACAUCGUGACGGCGCAGACCACCUGGAAGGGGCUGUGGAUGUCGUGCGUGGUGCAGAGCACCGGGCACAUGCAGUGUAAGGUAUACGAGUCGGUGCUGGCGCUGAGCGCCGAGGUGCAGGCGGCGCGGGCGCUCACGGUGGGCGCCGUGCUGCUGGCGCUGGUGGCCCUGUUUGUGACCCUGACGGGCGCGCAGUGCACCACCUGCGUGGCCCCGGGCCCGGCGAAGGCGCGCGUGGCCCUCACGGGCGGCGCGCUUUACGCUCUGUGCGGGCUGCUGGCACUCGUGCCCCUCUGCUGGUUCGCCAACAUCGUGGUCCGCGAGUUCUACGACCCCACGGUGCCGGUGUCUCAGAAGUACGAGCUGGGCGCGGCGCUGUACAUUGGCUGGGCGGCGUCGGCGCUGCUCAUGGGCGGCGGCGGCCUCGUGUGCUGCGGCGCCUGGGUCUGUGCCGGCCGGCCGGACCUCAGCCUCCCGGUCAAGUACUCCGUACCACGGAGACCCACGGCCAGCGGCGACUACGACAAGAAGAACUACGUUUAGGAGUGCGGAGCACAGCGGGGGCCACUUCUCCGUAGCCAAGCCCGUACGCUGGAGGAUCGGCCUGGGAAGCCGCGCUUGGAUGGCUGCGACCACUGCUGGGCCACCAAGCUCAGAGGGAUGCUAGGCUUGGAGCACCGACCAGACCUGCCCGCGCCCAAAGCUCUCUGAACACUCAGAGCUCAGCCUCGAAACCUAUGAGUACUUGAGAACUCGAUCUUUCGUUUUGUCUUGUUUUUUACGCAGCGCUGGCUAGGACGUUGGUGGGACUUCUCAGAUUGUCUCCCGAGUGGGCACCAGACUGCCGAUGCCAAUUCCUCCCCAGGAUCUGGAGGAUCUUGGCUGUUGCCUUACUUUCCAUCCGCUCCCGCUGAUCUAGGAGCGGGCAGAUAGGAGAGCCCAGGAUCCGCAGGCAGGGUUGCUGGAGGGGUGUGUAUAAACUGCCUUUCCUUCUCAGCGGGGGGCCUCAGCGCAAGGAACCAAGGAAAUUGGCCUGGACUUCCUGGUCUCCCUCAUCAGCGGCCCCUCUUGCCCCCAUCUCCUCUUGUGGGCACCAGAGCCUGAACAUGAGGGCAGGGGCAUUGUAUGGUCCUUGCAGCUUGUGGGCGGGAGCGGGGAGAUUAAGAAUUUGCUUAGUAAAUCGUUUGAACACUC